UUCGAGAAGCUUGGCAUUUGCACGCAGCUUGCGGAGGCGGCGGCCGGCCUUGGCUGGAAAUCACCAAGUAAUAUUCAGGAGCAAGCUAUCCCGCACUUGCUGCAAGGUCAGGAUGUGAUCGGUCUCGCCCAGACCGGCAGCGGCAAGACGGGCGCCUUCUCCCUGCCCAUACUGCAGGCCCUCAUGGAGCGACCCCAGGAGCACUUUGCGCUCAUACUCAGCCCAACACGAGAACUGGCAAUUCAAAUUGCCGAGCAGGUGGAGGCCCUGGGCAGCGGUAUCGGUGUCAAGUGCGCCGUGCUGGUGGGCGGGAUUGACAUGAUGGCGCAGGCCAUAGCCCUGGCCAAGCGCCCCCACAUACUGGUGGGCACCCCGGGGCGAGUGGUGGACCACCUGUCCAAUACCAAGGGUUUUAAUUUGAAGCAGCUGAAGCACCUGGUGCUGGACGAGGCGGACAAGCUGCUGGAUAUGGAUUUCGAGCAGGAAAUCGACCAGAUUCUCAAGGUCAUCCCCCGGGACCGGCGCACGCAGCUGUUCUCCGCCACCAUGACCAACAAGGUCCAGAAGCUGCAACGCGCCUGCCUGGUGCGGCCCGUGAAGGUGGAGGUGGCGGCCAAGUACUCCACGGUCGAGACCCUGAGGCAGCAGUACGUGUUCAUACCCGCCAAGUACAAGGACUGCUACCUGGCGUAUGUGCUGAAUGAGCUCAGCGGUUCGACAUUCAUGAUCUUCACGCGCACCUGCGAGUCCACUCGCCGCAUCGCCCUCAUGCUGCGCAACCUGGGUUUCGGAGCGGUGCCCAUUCACGGCCACAUGAGCCAGCCCAAGCGCCUGGGCGCCCUCAACAAGUUCAAGGCGGGGGAGCGGAGCAUCCUCGCGGCCACCGAUGUGGCGUCCCGAGGACUGGACAUACCCUCUGUGGAUGUGGUGAUCAACUACGAUAACUCCAAGGACUACAUUCACCGAGUGGGUCGUACGGCACGUGCAGGCCGCUCAGGCCGCUCCGUAACCAUCGUCACGCAGUACGACGUGGAGCUGUUCCAGAAGAUCGAGCACCUCACGGGAGUCAAGAUGGAGCAGUUCCAGGCGGAGCGCGAGGAGGUGCUGCUGCUGCUGGAGCGAGUGAGUGACGCGCAGCGGCUGGCGGCCAUGCAGAUGAAGGAGGCGGAUGCGGGGAAGAAGGGAAAGCGGAAAGGGGAGGACGGGGACGAUGAGGGAGGAGCGGUGGGG